AUGCAAGUACAAGAAACCCGUAUCUCUCGCUUCUACUACUCGUUCCGUACGCUCACUUUCCCCCGUCGUCUACAGCAACAGCCUCGCAUGUUUCCGAUAACAUGCAACGCAAUUGGCGACAUCAUAGCUGUCGUACAGCUCAUCCGCAACAUCGUCAUAGCAUUAGAUGAAACGCGGGGUGCCGCAGAAGAGUCUAAGCAGUUCACUCGCGUCCUCUCGGCCCUCGGAACCGUUAUGGCCGAGGUCUAUGACCUCGCCAAAGCUUCGCACAACGAGACUCUGAGGCAGGCCGUGCUCGAAGAAGUCCGACUUUGCUGCAUCGAUAUCAAUAGCGCGCACAAGAGCAUAUCUGACUUCGAGAAACUCGAGGAGUCCUCCGCGCGCUUCACUCGCAACACUACUCGACGAAACCUGAAAAAGAUUCAGUGGCACCUUCUACGAGCUUCCGACGCGGCCAAAUACACUCAACGCUUUGGAGAGAGCCACCAGAGGCUCAACUCGUUCAUCUGCCUACUCGGACAUCAAUCGACAUCGCGCCUCCUGAAUGAACGAUGCUCUUCCAUUCUAGCAGCGCUUCGCCGCCACCUACGGCUGGCGCAAGAUCAGAGUCGGGCGUUCCGCGAGUCUAGCGAGGAGAUCAAGGCUGUUACCCUUCUUGCCCUUCAGGAGGCCGCAAUGCCGCCGCGCGCACAGGUGAUGGAGCAAGCCCUCUCCCACCCAUACUUUGCUUCGUCUCACGCUCGACGAAUCGGGGCUCGCAUUCGACGCGUCGCCAACAUGAUCUACGACUCGCUCGCCCCCAACACUCCUGCCGCCCAACGCGAUAGAUUCUUGUCUUUGCUCGCGCCGUUUCUUGUAGCUGGCGCUGCGUUCGUGGUUCACAACAACGUAGACUCUCAAUGGAAGAGCACGGGCCUCUGGUCCGCUAUCUGUGCGCUCGUCGUACAUGUCCUCUGGCUACAGUCAUCGACACCAAUGAACCCCAAUUUCAAUCCCGGGGAUGGCAUUGUUUUGAUCGGACUUCUCGGAGAGGAUAUCCCCGUGCCUAGCCAGUUCUGCUCCUCGUACGAGUACUUCCAUGAGUUCUUGAGUCUCUUCUACUCAAAGGUACCGGGAGCGUCGGACUUCGUGUCCUUCAAGCGUUAUGAGCUAGUCGAAGCCGGAUCAUCGAGGCUUAUCUCAGGCACUAACUGGGCAAGCUGUACGCGACCUGGACUCUGCAUGGAAAUGGGUUUGAUGUACAUAUGGGGCGUGGCAAACGAUAUCUCCUACUGCCCUUACUGUGACUACCAGUACAACCCACACUCGGUAUUGAACGAAGUCGUAUGUGCCAGUUGCUUGGGAACGUUUCGGCAGACGAGCGCAGACUUGGCGCUUGUCAAAUGGGCUGGCGUUGACGCACCAGAUCCGACUUCAACAAGACGCCAGGGCAUAGAAUGGCACUUAGCCCUCUCUCAGACCGAUGUUCAAGUGACUACCCUGACAACAACAGCCCAGCACGCCAGCCCCGUCGAUUUCGACGCGGCGGAGGCGUUCGCGCGAAGCUGUCAUCGCGUUCACGUCAUCAACAUACAUUACUCCCAAGAUAACACGCCGGAGCAGAUGCACUUGGUGUCGCAACUAGUCGUGGACGCCCUAAUAUCCACUCAAGACACAUUCUCGAGGUCGACCCUCGCGUACGAACUAUUGCGGUCGCACAUCCAGUCACCGUAUCACUGGCACCCCAAGUCACCGGCUUACGCACACAGUCUGCGCGCGGGGCGGUUCAUAUACGAUGCCGCGCUAUCAGAGCUCGAACGCAGUGCAGUCAUCGGUAGCGCCAUCCACGGAAGUACCGCAAUCACCAAACCGAUGACCGUGGUGCACCAGUUACUCGCACGAAUGGUUUCGGCACUCGGAGCUUUCAUUGAUGAUCCGUCUCAAGAGACCAUCCGCCAAUGGGAGGACGUAUUGAAUGCCUACUCGGACAAGCAUCUGCCACUCAAGGAGCGGGAAGAUUACCAGGAACUCGUGAGGGAGCAUGGAAGGAUCGGUUGUAGUCUGCGUACUGCGUUCGGCUUCACGGAAAGAUUGUCCUGA